GCGACUGCAUAAAACAGCCCCCCUCUCCUCUCCUGCUUCUUUCUCUGUCUCUCACACAAACGCACCCAGUGCUCUCGCCUCAUCCUCAUUCUCUUCUAUUAUUCUUCUGGUGCUAUUAGGUUGAAACCAUGGAAGACUACCACAAACCAGACCAGCAGACUGUGCAGGCUCUGAGGAACAUUGCCAACCGCCUUAGAAUCAACUCUAUCAAAUCCACCACUGCGGCAGGCAAUGGGCAUCCAACAUCAUGUUGCAGCGUGGCAGAAAUCAUGUCUGUGCUUUUCUUCCACACCAUGAAGUACAGGCCAGAUGACCCCAAGAACCCCAACAAUGACCGCUUCAUCCUAUCCAAGGGUCAUGCGGCCCCUGUCCUCUACUCGGUGUGGCUGGAAAUUGGUUUCCUGAAAGAGUCUGAACUCAUGAGCAUGUGUCAGGUGGAUUCAAUGCUGGAGGGACACCCCACACCUAAGCAGCAGUUUGUGGAUGUGGCCACUGGCUCCCUGGGGCAGGGUUUGGGCGUAGCCUGUGGAAUUGCCUAUACAGCUAAAUACUUUGAUAAAUCCAGUUACCAUGUGUACUGCCUGCUGGGGGAUGGAGAGAUGUCAGAGGGGGCUGUAUGGGAGGCCAUGGCUUUUGCAUCCUACUACCAGCUCAAUAAUCUGUUGGCCAUACUAGAUAUCAACCGCCUGGGACAGAGCGAACCAGCACCCCUCCAGCACCAUGUGGAGAAGUAUCAAAGACGCUGUGAAGCCUUUGGUUGGCAUGCUAUCAUUGUGGAUGGCCACAGUGUGGAAGAGCUGUGUAAAGCCUUGAGCCAACCACGCCACCAACCAACUGCCAUUAUUGCUAAGACCAUCAAGGGCAAAGGCAUUCCUGUGGCAGAAGAUAAGAUGGGAUGGCAUGGCAAGGUUCUGCCGAAGGACAUGGCAGAGAGUGUGAUGAAAGACUUGCAGAGCCGCAUCCUCAACAGUAACAAGCGCAUGUACCCGGCUUCACCUGUUGAGGAUGCUCCCCCUGUGAGCCUUCGCAAUGUUCGCAUGCCCAGCGCCCCCAACUAUAAAUCUGGAGAGAAGAUUGCCACGUGUAAGGCAUACGGAAUGGCAGUGGCCAAACUGGGACGUUACAAUGAGCGUGUCGUGGCUAUGGAUGUCGACACCAAAAAUUUCACCUACUCUGAAAUCUUUAAAAAUGAGCAUCCCAACCGCUUCAUUGAGUGCUACAGUGCAGAGCAGAACAUGGUCAAUGUUGCCACAGGCUGUGCCACACGUGAACGAAACAUUGUGUUUGCCAGCAGCUUGGCAACCUUCUUCACCCGCGCCUACGACCAGCUCCGCAUGGCAGCUCUUUCUGAGAGCAACAUAAAUCUCUGCGGUUCCCACUGUGGCUUAUCAGUUGGAGAGCAUGGACCAGCACACAUGGGGCUGGAGGACAUGGCUAUUUUUAGAGCCAUCCCCACUGCCACCAUUUUCUACCCCAGUGAUGGCGUGUCUGCUGAAAAGGCUGUGGAGCUUGCAGCCAAUACAAAGGGUGUUUGCUACAUCAGGACCACUCGUCCAGAAACUGCAAUAAUUUACAACAGCAAUGAGGACUUCCAUGUUGGCCAAGCCAAGGUGGUGUGCCAGAGUAAGGAAGAUCAGGUUACCGUGAUUGGAGCAGGAAUGACUCUUCAUGAAGCUCUGGCUGCUGCUGAGCAGCUUAAGAAAGAGAGGAUCUACAUCAGAGUGAUCGACCCCUUCACAAUCAAACCCCUGGAUGCCAAAACCAUCAUCGAACAUGUGCGUGCCACCAGGGGUCGAGUCAUCACGGUUGAGGAUCACUAUUACGAGGGUGGCCUGGGGGAGGCGGUGUGCUCUGCUGUUGUGAAUGAGCCUGGCUUCACUUUGCAGCGUCUGGCUGUCACUCAUGUUCCCCGCAGCGGCAAAAUGUCCGACCUGCUCAAAAUGUACGGCAUUGAACGCGACUCCAUCGCGCAGAUGGUCAGGAAGAUGCUCAGCAGCUCGGCCAAUGCCAAGUGAACCUGUUCACUUUGCCCCGCCCACUCCACCCAAAUCAGCCAAUCAAAUAACCAGCCCUACAAGCACAGUCACAUGACUCCUCCUCAGAUUGUGACUCCUCCCACCACCUUGUUCACUGUGAAUGACCCUUGUGUGAGUAAAAUAAUAUGAGAUAAUUGGUGUAACUGGCUGAAGUAAUGUUCACAUUUAGUUUUUUUUCCCCUUGCAAAUAAAUACAAAUGCACACAUGAGCCAUUUUCUAACUCUGUCACUGACAGGCUAAAGUCAACAUGAAAUGGUAUUCACAGCCUAUUUUACUUCCGUAAUGUGACAUAUUUAGAGUGAAAUAACAUAUUCCAGGAGAAAAACUGUGAAGGACUGCUUCCUUCAUGAAAUACUGCUGGCUCGUUGAUUGAAAUUUAAGCGGCCAUGAUGACAUCAGCUGAAAAGGAAAGUGGUUUACGAAAGUAAAUUACGCAGACAAGCAUAUUUGUUUCUUAGAAAUAAUGAGCACAGAUGAAUCACAAUAAGACCAGGAAUGUGUGUUACAAAAUUAAAUAGGGUCAGUUUUUGAUUCCAUGUUGACUUUAAACUCAAAGUUGAAAAGGUCAGCGGCGCUAAAAAUGGCUGUCAUUUUAUGACAUCACUUCAGAAAUCUUUAAUAUGGUGUAUCAAGUGAUGCUCGUGUGUUUUUAACUAUGCUAUUUGAUAAGAACCAAUAAUAAAACUGUUUGCAAUGUUAUAUUUUAAUACUUUUUAUAUUGUUGUGGUGUAGCUACAAAAAUGGGGCGGGGCUGGAUUCUAUGGGAACAACAUAAUAUAAGUGUGCAAAAAAAAAAAUUGACGUUACUUUAGUAGAGUGUAGUCCAAUGAGAAAUCAAAAAUAAGAAAGAAAAGAUAAUCAAAUGAGAAUGUCUGUAGGGUGGUUGAAUUCAAAGUGUUCAGUCAAGUAGUUAAUGGUUGUCUUCUGUGAAACAGUUUGUAGUAUGGUGUUUAAAAAGAUGGCGUAGACUUUUGUGGUGUUGUGAUCAUGAAACAUGGUUGAGAUGAGACAUGAUUGGACGCCAACAGAUGGAAACUGGAACAUGCUGUUACAUAUGAACUGUGAAUCUGCAACAAACACUUCCUCAGUUAUUUUUCUAUGUAUCUCAACAAGUCAUUGAUUAAAACCCUCUACAUUUGAGUU